CAAUUCCCGUUCCCCGGCCAGGUGGACCUGAACGAGGAGGAGACAAUCCUCAUCAUCCGCCGCCUGCACAAGGUGCUCCGGCCCUUCCUGCUCCGGCGCCUCAAGAAGGAGGUGGAAGCUCAGCUCCCGGAAAAGGUCGAGUACGUGAUCAAGUGCGACAUGUCGGCGCUGCAGCGCGUCCUGUACCGGCACAUGCAGGCCAAGGGCGUCCUCCUCACCGACGGCUCCGAGAAGGACAAGAAGGGGAAGGGCGGCACGAAGACGCUGAUGAACACGAUCAUGCAGCUGCGCAAGAUCUGCAACCACCCCUACAUGUUCCAGCACAUCGAGGAAUCCUUCUCGGAGCACUUGGGCUUCACGGGCGGCAUCGUGCAGGGGCUGGAUUUGUACCGCGCCUCCGGGAAGUUCGAGCUCCUGGACCGCAUCCUGCCCAAGCUGCGGGCCACCAACCACAAGGUGCUGCUGUUUUGCCAGAUGACCUCGCUGAUGACCAUCAUGGAGGAUUAUUUCGCCUACCGCGGUUUCAAAUACCUGCGGCUGGAUGGGACCACCAAGGCAGAGGACAGGGGGAUGCUGCUGAAGACGUUCAACGAGCCGGGCUCCGAGUAUUUCAUCUUCCUGCUGAGCACCCGCGCCGGCGGCCUGGGCCUCAACCUGCAGUCGGCCGACACGGUCAUCAUCUUCGACAGCGACUGGAACCCGCACCAGGACCUGCAGGCCCAGGACCGCGCUCACCGCAUCGGGCAGCAGAACGAGGUGCGGGUGCUGCGCCUCUGCACCGUCAACAGCGUGGAGGAGAAGAUCCUGGCGGCCGCCAAGUACAAGCUGAACGUGGACCAGAAAGUGAUCCAGGCCGGGAUGUUCGACCAGAAAUCCUCCAGCCACGAGCGCCGGGCGUUCCUCCAGGCCAUCCUGGAGCACGAGGAGCAGGACGAGAGCAGACAGAGCGCGGGCAGUGGCAGCUUCCCCCACGCUGCCUCCUCCCUGUGCCUGGGCGCUGAGUCGGAGGAAGCACCUCUAAAG